UACUGAGCCAAACAAGACCUCUGACAGUGCAGAUUCGGGAAGCUUACCAGGGGCUGCAGGGGCUGUGCAUGCAGGAUAUUCUUUUUUAUUGCAUUUAGACUAAAAGUCUUUUCGGAUAAAAUAUCGCUUUCCAACUUCAGCUACAGUGAUAGCUAAGUUUGGAAAGAAGAAGAAAGGCUAUAUAGUUUUCUAUGCAGAAAAACAAAUUUCAGUGUUUGCACGUCAUUAAGGAUAAAUAAUCGAAGGAAUUCGAUUCACUGGAACAAGACAAAAAAUAACAUGGAAAAUACGAAAUCCAAGAAGAACUGCUGUGAAUCUGUCAGCGAUUAUUUCACAUCGGCGAAGUUUCUUAUUUACCUUGGGCAUGCUCUUUCAACAUGGGGUGAUCGUAUGUGGAACUUUGCAGUGUCGGUGUUCCUUGUGGAGCUCUAUGGCAACAGCCUCCUGUUAACAGCUGUCUAUGGGCUUGUAGUGGCCGGGUCUGUGCUGCUGCUUGGAGCCAUUAUUGGUGACUGGGUGGAUAAGAACUCCAGACUCAAAGUUGCACAGACUUCAUUGAUUGUCCAAAAUUGUUCGGUCAUUUUGUGUGGUAUCCUCUUGAUGAUGGUAUUCCUGUUUAAAGUUCAGCUCACAGGACUGUACAAUGGCUGGCUUCUGACUGCCUGUUAUGUAAUGGUCAUCACCAUUGCCAAUAUUGCCAACCUUGCCAGCACUGCCAUGUCUAUCACCAUUCAGAGAGACUGGGUUGUUGUAGUGGCUGGGGAAGACAGAAGCAAGCUGGCAAACAUGAAUGCUACAGUAAGAAGAAUAGAUCAACUGACCAAUAUUCUGGCCCCUAUGGCAGUAGGACAGAUCAUGGCCUUUGGCUCCCCAGUUGUAGGCUGUGGAUUCAUUGCUGGCUGGAACCUGUGCUCCAUGUGUCUGGAGUACUUUCUGCUCUGGAAGGUCUACCAGAAGACACCAGCCCUUGCUUUCAAGUCAGGGCAGAAGGAGGCAGACCAGGAACUGAAACAUCUAAAUAUUCAGAAAGAACUGGAAGAAGGUCAGAAGUUAUCUGAAGGCUCUCAGUUGAUGAAUGAAGGCGUCUUAGCAACCCAAGCUGACAAGAAACAUGGCUGCUGGCAUCAGUUAGCAGAGCCAUUCCGCACCUUCAGAGACGGUUGGGUGGCCUACUACAACCAGUCUAUCUUCUUUGCUGGCAUGUCUCUGGCUUUCCUCUACAUGACCGUUCUGGGUUUCGACUGCAUCACCACCGGAUACGCUUACACCCAAGGUCUCAAUGGCUCAAUCCUCAGCUUGCUAAUGGGGGCCUCAGCCAUCUCAGGGAUCUUUGGAACUGUGGCCUUCACCUGGAUCAGGAAGUGCUGUGGCCUGAUCCGCACGGGGUUCAUCUCAGGAAUUGCACAGCUCUCGUGCCUGCUGCUGUGUGUGGUCUCAGUCUUUACUCCCGGGAGCCCCUUCGACCUGAGUGUGUCUCCCUUUAAAGACAUCAUCAGCCACCUGAUGGGAGACAGCGCCUUGCCCAAUGCCAUCCCCACUACGAUGUCAGCCCUCACCACCGACAUUCCCAGCUUAACGAAUGGGUCCACGGCAGCCUAUGAGUUAGUACCUCAGGUUCAGUCUUACAUAUCAGUGAGCUUUCUGUUCGCAGGAGUCAUUGCCGCUAGAGUGGGUCUUUGGUCCUUUGAUUUAACCGUGACACAGUUAAUCCAAGAAAAUGUGAUUGAGUCAGAGAGAGGUGUCAUCAAUGGUGUCCAGAACUCCAUGAAUUACCUCCUCGAUCUUCUGCACUUCAUCAUGGUGAUUCUUGCACCCAACCCAGAGGCUUUCGGGUUACUGGUCAUUAUCUCUGUCUCCUUUGUAGCCAUGGGACACAUGAUGUAUUUCAGGUUUGCCUACAAAAGCUUAGGAAAUCGUCUCUUUUUGUGUGGUUCACCAGAACAUAAAGUUGAAACUGAAAAUUCCUCACUUCCUGACUCCAACAAGGUAUAAUUGGUUUAAUAAGUUUCCUAUGUAAUGUUAUACAGCACCCUUCUGGGGCUUAUUGCAACUGUAAAGAUAACAUGCUUGCAUUCAGUUACAGCAUUUCUGAUUAUUUUGUAGCUUUAACCCAGAACAGUGUUUGUAGUCAUUGUAUAUUGUGUUAAAUUUGAGUAUAGGAUUUAACAUAGUAUGGCAAAUGUGUAGCAUUCAGCAAUGUUGUACAGUUAAAGGAGCUCUUCCAAGGAGCAGACUACAAAGUGUCAGUAGAACUAGGAGAGGGAUUUCAAACAGAAUGAAGCAGUGUUUUUGAAGUGAUCACUCUUCUCAGUCUAUCGAAAUACUCCACUGGUAUAAAGACCUUGCAAGUGGUCUAAAAGUAUAAAGAAAGAGAGAGUAUAUUGCUGCUUUCUGAUGUGCAUUAUGUGUGUGUUAAAGUACAUCUUUGUUCCAAGGAGUGCACUGGUUAUCCCGAACAAUUGAAAUACAAGUCUGUCAGUGUGGAGGACUCCCAGCUGUUAAAAUGCCAUUAUGUAUACAUAAGCUUAACAUUGUAGUACACAUUGGAAAGUCAGAUAUUGGAUUGAUUUUUCUUAGGUUUUAGUAUAAUUUAGCAAUUGUAACUUACUAAAACAUGUUCAUAUUAUUACAUGAUGCAUGUAAUAUAACUAUAUACUGUAAAUUUUAUUUCAUAAGACUGGGAUAGCCUCUUUACCAGUGGCUAAUAAGGGUUCUAUAUAUACUUACAUGUUUGUUAAACUAAUAUUCAGUAUUGUGUCUGCCUUGUUGGUGCUAAUGUAUUAACUUGCUAAAGAAGUAGGUAAUUAUAUUUUAAAUGUUUUUGCCAUUACCAAAGAGAUUUAUAAAUAAGUUGUGUUUAUUACAAGUCCAAGAAGUGAGGGAAAAAUAAUCCUGUUCUAGCUAUAACAUUUUUGUUUUAAAGACAACUUGGCAACUGAAUACUGAAACGUACAUUCAUCCCAUGGCUUCAAAGCACUUCAGAUUCCUAAUGCUGUGAAUUGUUAAGAAGAACAUACUUUGAUCAGAAUUCCAAUUUUCUCAUGUCACCAUGCACUUUUUAAUUUUUUUCACUAGGAAAAACUAUUGGCACUUUCAGCUGUGUGGCAUUUGUUUUAUUGUUAUGUUUUUGUACAUUCUCUUUGGGUUUUCUCAGUAUGUUCGUUUUCCAGGCUCAUGUCAUCCAAAACUUGCAGUUAAUUGUUUUUCUGUGGCACUGAGAAGAUUUGAAUCCCAUUAUACUACUUUAGAUUGAGCCUUAAAAACACUUCUUAAAAUCAUAUCGUGCCUGUUUAUAAAUUGCACAUGGUCAUACACAAACCCUGACUGGUUUAACGUCCAAAGGAAAUGCUGCUUUAUUUGACCAGAAACCAGAUUUAAAACUUGUUAAAAAGUUACCUCUACAUUUCAUCAUCCAGUUUUUAUGGUUGGAAGACAAAACGUCUGUGCAUUAGCUAUGCAACUGCAGCAGACUUAAUGAGGAUGUUCUAUUUCUCAGUUCGAAUUGAACACAAGGUGCACUUUUAGUGGCUAUGGCCUUCUUACUAUCAAAAGAAAUACAACAUUUUUUAAAAGAUUGCUUUCUGAUGAAAGACGUUCAUGUUAAAAUGAACGUCUUAUACUAGAUGACAUACAACACUUUGUAAGAAAAACACAAAUCCAGUUUGACCACUUGAUGAGAACAAGGAAACCCCCAUCUUGUUUUGCGGGAUGGGUUAUUUAUAUUCUGAGUACAUGGGGCCACCUAGACUGGUUUCUUUAAAAAUGUGCUGACACUAGGAGUCCUUCCUAAAAGUGUUUGGCAUAGACUUGUUGGUCGUAUUUUAUUUCAAGAGCAAAAAUGUUUCCUUCUACUUCUGGCAAAUGGCUAUUUUUAGAUUACAGAAAUCUAACAAUGUGAAUGCUACUUAAUGUUAUUGUGCGAAAACUAAAAAAAAAAAAAUGAAUCCAGUUAUUUAGAUGUACUUUUCCAUUUAACAUUAUUAGGUAGCUCGUAAUUGUUUUAAGUUUUUAGCAAAAGUAGCUUUUGUAUUUUUUUCAUUUAUGUUAUAAUAAAGCAAAAGAAGUAUGGGGAUGUCAGCAUUUUUAAGGAGACAAUGUAAAAUACAGAAGUACUUUUUGGGGUUUAAAGGGAUUGGAGAGGAUGAACCAUAAUCAUACACAAGGCUGCCUUUUGUUAAAAUCAGAAAUAAAGUCCACAAAAUGUACAAGAUGCUAUUAAAAGUGAAUGUAAAAUUUGUGCACCAUUAACAAAUCCACCAGCAAUAUGUGUAACUUAACCUCUGUGAUGUGUUUUUGAGAUUGUUUCAAGUCUUUUUAUAUUGAUAGAUUUCCAGUACUUUGAGUACAAUUGUUCAAAUCUAUAACUGUAAAAAAUGUUACUUUAUGAUUGUAUUAACAAGAAACACUCCAUACUUUAGAACAGUGGAGACACUCAGUUUGUAUUGCAUGAAUUAUCUGAAAUAAAGGCUUAUAUAAGUGGA